CCGGCCGAGGAAGAGAGAGGGAGGGAGGGAGGGAGGGAGGUCCCGGACACCGACGACGGCGCAGAAGAAAAUGAGGCAAAGUUCAAAUGGAGGAAAGCUUACCAACACAGUUUUCGUCUGAGGAGGAAGUUGAGCCUGAAGAACUGAAGGAAAUCAUCGAAGAUGUGGAUAAACAUUCCGAGGAAAAAUCUUCCCUCUCCAGGAACUCCCCUCAGGAUGCAGAGAAGGGAGUGGCGAGCUCGGAAAGCCAAGGAGAAAGCGGCCCCCCCGCCCACCCGGCCAGAGAAAGUCCUCAAGAGGUUUCUGAAACUGACCCCGCCAAAGCCACGUCGCCAUCGACCAGUUCUUUAGAGGGGGUCUCCAAGAACUUGGUAGCCGAUUCAGAUUUGGCAGGGCCCAACGCUUCUCCAAGGCAAUCCGGCCCUGAAAUCUGCCCGCCCGAAGACUCCCCUACAAUCUGCCCGCCCGAAGACUCCCCUACACCGAUCCGGGAGGCGUCAUCGAGCGUGUUUCCCAAAAGGGCCGAGGAAGGGGCCGUACUCCCUCGAGUGAGCGAAACACAGGUGAGGCCGUCUCUACCCGAGAGAACACAGAUCGGGGGGCCUCAGGGCCAGGAACAACCCUUCCGAGUCAACCAUGACGACAAGGAUUUGCAGGUUUUCCCCGAAGGCAUCUCUGAGAGCCUCUACGCAAAACGCAACAGCAUCAGAGGUUUCCCCCCAAACCUGGACUCUCUCUCAGGCCUGGAAGAACUGUGCCUGGAAAGAAUCGAUCUCACGUGCCUACCUCCGGAGAUAGGUCAACUGGCCAAUCUCAGAGUCUUGAACAUCGACCACAACCAAAUAGCCAGUCUCCCCAAAGAAGUCGGGCGGCUUGUGGGGCUGCGGCAGCUCUUCUGUGGUCACAAUCUACUGGAAGAGUUUCCCGCCGUCCUGGGAGGCUUGGAAAAUCUGGACAUCUUAGAUCUCGCUGGAAAUAACUUAAAAAGUGUACCGGAAAGCAUAACGAGGCUGCAACGCUUGCAGGUUCUUCACCUCGACUCUAACCAGUUGGAGAUCUUCCCCAAAGCCCUGUGCUACCUUCCCAAGCUUACCGGGCUGAGCCUGUCUGGGAACGCCAUAAGUAGUCUUCCCAAAGACAUUAAGGAGCUCAGGAAUUUGGAGGAGCUGGCAAUGAACCACAACCAACUCACCUUUCUGCCCGGGCAGUUUUUCCAGUUGCUGAAGCUAAGGGAGGUCCAUCUGGGCAGCAACAAGUUGGAGUCCCUUUCCCCCAGCAUUGGCAAUUUACAGGAGCUCAGGGUUUUGCUCCUGUGGGACAACCUAUUCAAAACCAUAACUGAGAAGAUCGGGACCUGCUCCCUACUGGAAAAGCUUGACCUUCGUGGCAACGGGCUAACACAGCUUCCCCCGAAUUUUCGCCGACUCCAAAAACUGAAAGAACUCUAUGUGGGAAGAAAUCAGCUGGGCCGUCUCGAAGAGCAUAUUUCCCGCCUCAAAGAUCUCUCCGUCUUAGAGAUUUCCGGCAACGGGAUCGCCCACGUUCCGGUGGAAAUCAAGAACUGCGGCCAGCUCACUCGAGUGGACUUGAGUGCUAAUGAGUUAGGUCAGUUCCCCUUAGGGCUGACCGCCUUAGCUGCUCUUAACUAUCUGAAUCUGAAUGGAAACGAAAUCUCAGAAAUUCCUGAGGAGAUAUCUGAAAUGGAACGACUGAUUCAUCUAGAAUUAAGGCAGAACAGACUCACCUCAUUUUCAAACUAUCUAUGUAGGCUUAGAAAGCUCAGCUACUUAGACCUUGGUAAAAACGGAAUUAGCGGCAUUCCCCCGGCUGUUUCCAAUAUGCUCUCCCUCCGAGACCUCAUUUUAGACUACAAUCGAUUCUCAGCUUUCCCCAAGGAACUGUGUUCUCUCAAGGGCCUGGAGACCCUGGACCUUUCUGAGAAUCAAAUCCAAUGCAUCCCCUUGAAGAUCUGCAAUCUGCAACGGAUCCGGAGACUAGACUUUUCAAACAAUCAGUUUGGAUCUUUCCCGGUAGAGCUGUGCGCGCUGACCACCCUGGAGGAACUGCUACUGAGCCAGAACCGCGGCCGCAAGUUCACGCACCUUCCGGAGCAGCUGACCGCCCUGACGGGCCUCAAAGAGCUGGAUAUAUCAGACAACGCCAUCAAGGAACUUCCCCGAAACAUAGGGGAAUUGAGAAGCUUGGUCCGCCUGCUGGCCCGGAACAACGCUGUGGGCUGCCUCCCGCCUUCUUUCCGGCUUUUGCACGGCCUCCAGCAGCUGGACAUGAGCGGAAACCAGCUGGUAGCUCUACCCAGAGGCCUUCACAAUCUCCCCUCCCUGAAGGACAUCAAUUUUGACAGAAACCCUCUGCUCAGACCGCCCCAAGAAGUCUGUGGAGGGAGGCAGCUGCAUAUCAUCGGACGCUACCUCGAGAAGGCCGAUGACCGAGACGAGAAAAUCUUGCAGAAGAUAAUCAAGACGAUUGCUCGCAAUAUUACCGUGGAGGAUUUUGGAUAUUUCUGCCAAAAACUCUCAAUUGAUAAUGAUGAAAUUCAAGCUCUUGAAAGUAACAGUUCGCUUGGAUUGGAGGAGAAAGCCCUCCAGGCCCUGGAUAUCUGGAAACAGGAAAAACAAGCCUCCCUCCUGACCCCGGAGGCCAUGGGGCACCAGCUGGGCCGGGUGCUGACUCUGUCGGGCCUGCACGAUCUGACCGCCAGGAUCACCGCUCUCAAGAUCCUCUCCCGCUCCCUCAAAUUCUGAGCCUGCGCCUCCCAGGCGAUCUACGGCUUGGGACGCCAUCGUCUAGUCACUCUUCGAAACAUCCCCCGGCUUCCUCUCCCUCUCCCAUCCAGAGGCACCUGGGGAGGCCAGAAAUGGCUUCUCCCCAGACUCCCGCUCGCUGCCAGAACCGCUCAAGGACCCACUGGUGGUUGUUGGCAUUUUAAGUUGGGAAUAAAGUGGACGGCCGCCCUA